UAUUCACACAUUGUCAUGUCACAUGAUGUGUACCCCUAGUCAUCUAGACAGCGCACCUCGAGAUAUGAAACGGUUCCAAAAGAUACAAUGGUUAGUAUAAUAAACGAAGUUUUUUUGCCUACAAUAAUUGCACAUUUCUAAGGUCAAUGGCAAGUGCUUUACUUCACAUAUAGGUCUGAUUCAUCGUUGUACCUGCUGACCGCAUACAUCUGUAGGCUACUGGUUCAUUGCGCCUAACAAUAGAAUUGUAGCCUAGAGGUCAGUUGUAGACUUGCCUAUCCAAGGUCCUCCCAUGUCCUUGUAGGAGACAUGUCAAUUCCAAGUAUAAACUAUAUGGACAAAUCGUAUAUUUAUAUUCAGUCACAGAAUACAGUUUGUGUGUUCAUAAAAAAAUAUAUAAAUAUUUACUGAAGCCUUUGCCUAAGAAAUGGAACCCUCUUAAAAAUAUGAAUCUGUUUUAUAAAACCGAACCCUUACGUUGUAGCCUGCUACAGUAUGUCUACCAUUCCUACACACGUACCUUACCGCACCACAUGGUUGGUGCUGGAACCUAGCCGCAAGGGAAGUUUUCCUCACCAGACUUGGUCAAGUUUUGAAAUCCGAUAGGGGGGAGCAGUAUGGCCAGCCGAUGCGCUAUAAGGCUAAAAAUAACCACCUCCAAUUUAUGCUGUGGGGUUACUGUCUCCAAAAACCAGGCGACCUGAAUGAAACCGCGUCAAUAAGGACACUUCUCUGAGGCUUCUCUGGACCAAUAAGGUGGCAUGGCUGGCCUGUCGUUCUGUGGCAACAAUGUGACCAAGAAUGCCUACAGUGUGGAUACGGGGAUGUUGAACAAUGGCUGCUUCGUGGACGCCCUCAACCUGGUCCCUCACGUCUUCCUGCUCUUCAUCACCUUCCCUAUCCUCUUCAUUGGCUGGGGCAGUCAGAGCUCUAAGGUUCAGAUCCACCAUAACACCUGGCUCCACUUCCCUGGACACAACCUGCGCUGGAUCCUCACAUUCACUCUGCUGUUUGUUCACGUCUGUGAGAUCGCUGAGGGAAUCGUCUCCAACAAACAGAUGGACACCAAUCACCUCCACCUCUUUAUGCCAGCGUUUAUGGGUUUCAUAGCAGCCACUACAUCUGUGGUGUACUACCACAACAUAGAAACCUCCAACUUCCCCAAACUACUGCUGGCUCUGUUUAUCUACUGGGUUCUGGCGUUCAUCACCAAGUCCAUUAAGCUGUGGAAGUUUGCAGAGUACGGUGUUGGAGUGCUGCACCUGAGGUUCUGUAUCACAGCCCUGCUGGUCGUUCUGUAUGGACUCCUCAUGGCUGUAGAGAUCAAUGUCAUCAGGGUCAGGAGGUACGUGUUCUUCGCCAACCCCCAGAAGGUAAAGCCUCCAGAGGACCUUCAGGACCUGGGAGUGAGGUUCCUCCAGCCCUUCGUCAACCUCCUCUCCAAGGCCACAUACUGGUGGAUGAACCCCCUGAUUAUAGGAGCCCAUAAAAGACCCAUUGAGCUGAAGAAGAUUGGCAAACUCCCCAUCGCCAUGAGAGCCCUCACCAACUACCUGAAGCUCAAAGACGCCUACGAGGAUCAGAGGCAGAAUGCCGAGGACCCAGAGAAGGCUCCAUCCAUCUGGCGUUCUAUGUACCGGGCGUUUGGCCGACCCAUCCUCCUCAGCAGUACCUUCCGUUACCUGGCAGAUCUGCUGGGCUUCGCCGGGCCGCUCUGCAUCUAUGGCAUCGUCGAACAUCUCAACAAAAAGCCCGUCAAGGAAGGGAGUGUGGUCCCCUAUUUCGAGGUCUACUUCAUGUCAUCCAACGAGCUGCUCCAGAAUACGUCAGUGCUGGCUGUUCUGCUGUUCCUGGCCCUGGUGCUACAGCGGACCUUCCUACAGGCCUCCUACUAUGUCACCAUAGAGACCGGCAUCAACCUCCGUGGAGCCCUGCUGGCGAUGAUCUACAACAAGAUCCUGCGUCUGUCCACCUCUAACAUGUCCAUGGGAGAGAUGACCCUGGGCCAGAUCAACAACCUGGUUGCCAUAGAAACCAACCAGCUUAUGUGGUUCCUCUUCCUGUGUCCCAACCUCUGGGCCAUGCCGGUGCAGAUUGUGAUGGGCGUGAUCUUGCUGUACUACCUGCUGGGGACCAGUGCUCUGAUUGGAGCUUCAGUCAUCGUGCUGCUGGCUCCAGUCCAAUACCUGAUCGCUACCAAGCUGGCUGACACCCAGAAGAGCACCCUGGACCAGUCUACGGAACGUCUGAAGAAGACCACAGAGAUUCUGAAGGGGAUCAAGCUGCUGAAGUUGUACGCCUGGGAGAACAUAUUCUGUGACAGUGUAGAAGAUACCAGGGGCAAAGAGCUCACCAGCCUCCGCACCUUCGCCCUCUACACCUCCAUGUCUAUUUUCAUGAAUGCUGCAAUCCCCAUCGCUGCUGUGCUUGUGACGUUUGUCAGCCACGCCCUGAUCAACAAGUCCAAACCCAGCUCCUCGGAGGCCUUCGCUGCUCUGGCCCUCUUCCACAUCCUGGUUACCCCACUGUUCCUGCUCUCCACCGUGGUCCGCUUUGCAGUCAAGGCCAUGGUCAGCGUCCAGAAGCUGGGUGAGUUCCUGCAGAGCGAUGAGAUUGGCGAUGACAGCUGGAGGAACGGAGACAUGCCUGUGUCCCUAGAGGCCUGUAAGAAACACCCUGGGGCGACCAAGGCUAUAAACAGAAGCAGCCCCUGCUCUACCAGAUGGACAACUAUGAGCAGCCAGCACGCAGACCACUGCGACCCAACGAGACUGAGGACGUGGCUGUCAAGGUGAACGGUGGAUUCUUCACAUGGGGAAGCAACUUGUCAACGUUGUCCGACAUCAACAUCUGCAUUCCAACAGGUAACCUGAUC